CUUGGCUCGUCUGCUUUUCGGCAUGGCGACUUCUAAGGUUACAUUCAAGAUAACGCUGACAUCAGACCCUAAACUACCGUAUAAAGUGUUGAGUGUACCUGAACAGACCCCAUUUACAGCAGUCUUAAAAUUCGCAGCAGAAGAGUUUAAAGUUCCACCAGCAACAAGUGCUAUCAUCACCAAUGAUGGAAUAGGAAUCAACCCUGCACAAACUGCUGGCAAUGUGUUCCUGAAGCAUGGGUCUGAAUUGAGAUUAAUACCAAGGGAUCGAGUAGGAUUGCAACGUAGAAAAUAGAUGUUGAUCAGCAUCUACUUUUUCGGAUUUUUAUUACAGGACGCUUCAUUUGUGGUGCCACAAUUCAUUGCAUUAAUGGGGACAAUUUAAUACCCAGCUUGGAGCUCCCCAUCAGUUUCCUGUGUCCUAGGACUGUAUUACUGUUGAAGGUGGCAGCAAGUAGGAACUGGUAGUUUUGGAUACAGCCUAAAAGCAGUGUUUUUAUCUGAUAAUAACCUGGAAUCUAAAAGAAUAGUACCACUGUAAAGAAAGGUUAGACAAUGAGCAUCAUAAUGAUUGAUAUCUUGGAUGUCCAUUGCCAUGUAUUGUGAUUAGGUAAACAGACUAGCCAUGUCAUUUUAUUUGGUGUUAAGUAUGACUUAAAUCAUGCAAAUUAUUAUUUUUAAGGUCCAGAUAGAAAUCUUGAAAUUUGUGCUUUAUCAGAUACUGAAGUUAAAGAUGUUAAGGACACACAUGCAUGCACAAAUAUGUUGAUGAAUUGAUAAAUUACACAUGACCACCUGGCACUCUCCAUCACACACACAUGCACACCAUCACCACUAGCACACAUUGUAGACUAGUUAGUACUUUGGGAAUUAGCCUACUGAAGAUCUCUUCAGGAAUAUUCAGCUUCCUUUCUGGCACACACUGCAUUUACAGUGGUUUUUGGGACUGUUUGAGCGCUGAUAAGCCUGAGUGCCGAGCACUUUCGGCUCAGGCAUCCACCAAUAGCUAUUUUGUAUUAUUCAUAGUAUUUAUAGUAUGGCAUGUGUACAAAAACAAGUUUGUUUUGGGAUAUCUGUUUUCCAUUUAUCCACACCUCUAAUAAUAUAUGGAUCACUUUCAUUAUUUCAGACCUUGGUUUGGUACCACUUUUACAUCAGCUGCUUUAAUAGUGUCAUUUUGUUUUAAUAUUACUGAUAUCAUUAACUUAACUAUGUCAUACUUAAUGGCUAAUUCAGGUGUAUGUCACUGUCAUACUUGAUUUUUUUUUAAUUUGUUUGAUUUAAAAAAUUUAAUUGCUGUGUUGUUUUCCCAUCUUUCCUUCACUGUUAGCACUAAAAUGUUUCUUGGGUGUCAUGAUGACCAUGGAAGGUACACACACACACAUGUAUACUUUUUAAAAAUAAAAAAACCUAUAAGAUCAUAAAUGUAGCAUCACUACUUGAAAACAGUCUGCAAAGAGACAGUUUCCCGUUUCAUCCUGAACCGUCAUUCGUCAUGAAGUAAACUUGGGUGUCUCAUACAGGAUGAUCAGGUGCCAAGCAAGUGGUCAAGCAUCAAAACAGAAUUUUCUCAAAAGUAUUAGUCAAAGGAUUGAAAUGUUUGAGGACAGAACAGUUGGGGUGCCAAGGUACCAUUUGUUUUCCUGAGAGAUUUCAGCUUAUCAUGUAUGCUUGAAAUGUUGCUCCAAUGUUCACUGGAGAGGUAUCUAUUACAAAAAUUAAAAUCUAAAAUAAUUUGAUUCUCGCCAUCUUCAAUAUUGAAACCUUUUUUUCAUGAUUAUUAAAAUUUCUGUUUGUCAGAUAAUGGUAGUUCUGUCACAAUUCUUACAAAUUCAUGUUAUUACAUUAAUGGAGGAAGAAGCAUGGACGAGUCAAACAUGUUCUUAUUAAAGCAUUCUUCUUCUUGUUCCUUUU